AUGGAUCAGCAAGGCCGACAGGGCAAGGGCAAAUUCAACGAUGGAAAGGGCAAAGGUGAGCGAGACGAUUUUGAUGACCGCAAAGGUGAUCGGAAAGGCCCCGAAAAGGGAAAAAGAAAAGGAGACGGAAAAGGCAAAGGAGACAAAGGAGAGAGAAGUGAGAAGGGCGAGAAGGGUGACAGGAAGGGCGAUGGAAAAGGAGAGAAAGGCAAAGGGAAGAGAGAGGCCAAAGUUAUGGUGAAAGGCCUUCGCGGGAAAGUCAUCUCGUUUGUGAAUGGCAAGCCGAGCGGCUUCAUUCAGCGGACAGAUGGAGAGAAGGAUGUUUUCUUUGACUUGGCGGAUGUGGUGGACGGAGAACUCCUGGAGCGCGAUGACAUCGUCGAGUUCGACAUUGUUGAGGGCCUAGAUAAGAAGUCCUGA